AUUACUCUGACGACCAUCGGCUACGGGGACAAGUAUCCACAAACCUGGAAUGGGCGUCUCCUGGCAGCCACCUUCACUUUGAUUGGGGUUUCCUUUUUUGCUCUCCCAGCAGGAAUCCUAGGUUCCGGGUUCGCCUUGAAGGUUCAAGAACAGCAUCGUCAGAAGCACUUUGAAAAAAGGAGAAAUCCUGCAGCUGGCCUAAUUCAGGCCGCCUGGAGGUUUUACGCCACUAACCUCACCCGAACCGAUUUGCACUCUACCUGGAAUUACUACGAACGGACCGUCACCGUUCCGAUGUACAGCUCACAGCCACAAACCUAUGGUCCCUCCAGGCUCAUUCCACCUUUGAAUCAGCUCGAGCUUCUGAGAAACCUGAAGAGCAAAUCAGGAUUAACUUUCAGGAAAGAACAACAGCCAGAAUCAUCUCCAAGUUCCCUGGACUAUCCGCCUUCCGUAUUGGAUGAUGAUUUGUGGACUGCUGAAGAUCAGGCUGCAGGUUUAGUUCAGACUAAAGCCUGA